AUGGAACCAAAUUUGAAGAAGAGAAAACUCCAGACGGGGAAAGGAGAUAAGCCGCGGCCCGGAAAGCGCCACAAGCCUGGAAGUAAACCGGGAAAGAAGACCGGGCCUAAGGUACCUGGCGCCGGCUUCCGCAAACUCGAUGCGAAGUCCUUGCCUUGGACUCAAGAUGUCGACGGAAUUCUUGGUCUCCAGGCGAUUGACGGUGUCGACGUGAUUAAGAAUGGAGAGAACGUGCAGUUCUUUGUGCCGGAUUCAGUAGCGACCGGCGCGCCUGGAGAAGAGAAGGAGGUCGGCGACAAGGAUGAGGAGGAGAGUGAGGAGUUCGAGGGCUUUGACGACUUGCCCACUGUGGAGGAAGAGCCAGUAGCCGACGAACCGGCCGAAACCUCCAAAUCAGAUGGGCGCAAGGAGAAGAAGAAGAAGAAGGGCAAGGCCAUCGAGCAGGAAGACGAACCUGUGGCGGAAGGAGAGGGAGACGAGGGUUCUGAUGCUGAGCCAGAGACGGACGUGUCUGCUUGGGCCUCAUUAAACUUGUCGCCUAGUCUCCUCUCGGCAAUUGCACGCCUGAAAUUCUCCAGCCCCACGUCUAUCCAGGCCGGGGCGAUUCCUGAAAUCCUUGCGGGUCAUGAUGUGAUUGGCAAGGCCUCGACAGGCUCAGGAAAGACUCUGGCUUUUGCAAUCCCAAUCAUCGAAAAGUGGUUGGAGGCUCAAAAUGAUGAAGGAAAGAAAGAAGACGAAGACGAAGACGACGCGGAGACUAAGAUUCCGUUUGCCUUGAUUCUAUCUCCUACACGAGAGCUUGCUCAUCAACUCGUGGACCACAUCAAGGCACUCUGCAUGGGACUGUCCUCGUCUCCAUACGUCUGCUCGGUCACGGGUGGUCUCUCAGUCCUGAAGCAACAGCGUCAGCUCGCCAAGGCUGAUAUCGUCAUUGCAACGCCCGGUCGCCUUUGGGAAGUCAUCAACUCUGAUAUCCCCCUUCUCCAGGCCUUUAAGGAAAUCAGUUUCCUCGUCGUGGACGAGGCGGACAGACUGCUAUCAGAGGGACAUUUCAAAGAGGUCGAAGAAAUUCUCAAUGCCCUCGAUCGUGAGGAGCUAGGAUUUGAUGCGGAUGAAGAGCAGGAUGGCAGCGAGGAGGAACUGCGUCCUCGACAGACACUCGUGUUUUCGGCUACGUUCAACAAGGCGCUGCAACAGAAGCUGGCCGGCAAGGGAAAGUACAAUUUGAUGAGCCAAGAGCAGUCAAUGGAGUACCUCCUGAAGCGAUUGAACUUCCGCGAGGAAAAGCCCAAGUUUAUUGAUGUAAACCCCGUGUCUCAAAUGGCGGAAAAGCUGAAAGAGGGACUCGUGGAAUGCGGUCCUCUUGAGAAGGACCUAUUUCUCUACGCAGUUCUAAUGCUAAACCCGUCUCGACGAUCCCUAGUCUUCACCAACUCCAUCUCCGCCGUCCGCCGCUUGGCGCCAAUGCUCCAGAAUUUGAAUCUCAAGGUCCACCCACUCCAUUCCCAGAUGAUCCAAAAGGCUCGCCUCCGUUCAAUCGAGCGUUUUGCCGGCUCAAAGCCCAACGAGUCGACCAUUCUCGUCUCGACCGACGUCGCAGCUCGAGGUCUCGAUAUCCCCAACGUCGACCAAGUCAUCCAUUACCACGUCCCCCGGACCGCCGACGCAUACGUGCAUCGAUCUGGCCGCACGGCGCGUGGAGAGAACUCCGGUGUCAGCAUCCUCUUGUGCGCACCGGAGGAAGUAACUCCAACGAGGCGAUUGGUCGCCAAGGUUCACCAAGAGAAAGCCGUGAGCCAAAAGUAUCUUAUUCGAACGAUCGACAUUGACAGGCGUGUCGUCUCGAAACUGAAGCCUCGCCUCACACUCGCCAAGAAGAUCGCGGAUGCUACUAUCGCCAAAGACAAGGACAAGAAGGAGGACAACUGGGUCAAGGCGGCGGCGGAAGAGCUUGGGGUCGAGUACGAUAGUGAUGACUUGGAGCAGGUGAAGAACUGGGGCGGUAGGGGAAGUGGAAAGAAGCAAAAGGAGAGGGAGGCGGCUCAGUUGACCAGGGCGGAGAUUGGAGCGCUGAAGGCGCAGCUGAGGGAGCUGUUGGAGAAGAAGGUUAAUACGGGCGUUAGCGAGCGGUAUAUCACCGGAGGACGUGUCGAUAUUGAAGCAUUAUUGAAGGCGGAGGCUAAGGGCGACUUUUUAGGCCAGGUGGAUGGGCUGAUGCCUGAUGACUAG